AUGGGUGGAGCCAGGAAAGGUUUCGCACCAGGAAGGACGGUGUUGUCGUCUAUGCUACCGAAAAGUAAAAAGGACUAUAGUGACGAUAGGUACUUGCAACGCACGUACUAUUGCGUCAGGAGCGCCCUGAUCUGGUUAUGCAAGCUAAGAAGACUAUCUACAGCGUUAUCGAACACCAAGACGAGACGACGCCACCCACUCAACGCUGUAUAUAAAACAGGAGAAGAACUGUUUACAGCAACAUGCGAUAAUAGAGGAGUUGGUGAAGUUGAAGUCCUCGUCAACAUGAGUAUGACAAAGAAAAUAGACUCUUUCGAACAACUUACGACCCGAAUCGGACGUCUGCGGAUGAGAAGAUGUGGUGCAACACCAGCUUUGAAUAUCUUCAUCGGUGAAGUAUACGUGACAAAAUUGGCUACAUCACUCAAUAAAAUCAAUCAAAGGUUUUUCCUGAUGGAUGUCACUUUUGUGCCAAAGAUUUGUACGGAAUAG